UGCGGGGAGCAAAGCUCACAGCCGACUUUUCUAAUCAGUCUGGCGUCAGUUUGGAGCCUGUUCACUUUUACUCUCUAACAGAAGAGCCAGGAAUGUGUCUGGGAGCCUGCAGGAUCGGGAGACCUAACAUGUUUUAGGGGAGUCCUGGGAUGUAACUGGAUCUAGGACGUGCAACUUGCAAUCAUGGAAACCGUUGUGAUCGUCGCCAUUGGUGUGCUGGCCACCAUUUUUUUGGCCUCCUUUGUGGCAUUGGUUGUGGUUUGCAGACAGCGCUACUGUCGGCCCCGAGACCUGCUCCAGCACUAUGACUCCAAACCAAUCGUGGACCUAAUCGGUGCUAUGGAGACCCAAUCAGAACCUUCUGAGUUGGAACUGGACGACGUUGUCAUUACCAACCCCCACAUCGAGGCCAUUCUAGAGAAUGAAGAUUGGAUUGAGGAUGCUUCGGGUCUCGUAUCUCAUUGCAUUGCUAUUCUGAAGAUCUGCCAUACUCUGACAGAAAAGCUUGUUGCCAUGACAAUGGGCUCAGGGGCAAAGAUGAAGACUUCUGCCAGUGUCAGUGACAUCAUUGUAGUGGCCAAGAGGAUUAGUCCCAGAGUGGAUGACGUUGUGAGAUCAAUGUACCCUCCACUGGACCCUAAGCUUCUGGAUGCCCGCACAACCGCCCUCCUUCUAUCUGUCAGUCACCUGGUGCUGGUGACCAGGAAUGCCUGCCACCUGACUGGAGGUCUGGAUUGGAUCGACCAGUCACUGUCAGCAGCUGAGGAGCACAUGGAAGUCCUCCGGGAAGCAGCCUUGGCCUCUGAGCCAGAGAGGGGCCUCCCAGGUGCGGAGGGCUUCCUGCAAGAGCAGUCUGCCAUCUAGCCGUGGUUAGUUGGCCACAAGGGGGCAGACCUCCAUCACUCCGGUGAAUCUUCAGUCUUUAUUUUCUGUAGGAUUAGUUGGCUUGCUCAGCUCCCAAGUGAAGUCAUUUGUGCAUAGAUAAAUAGGGCAGCAUGACCCACUGGCGUCUCAGCUACAGUGACAACGUGUCAUAGAGAUUCCAGUAUCUGACAUUGGCCGUCACUUUUAGAGCUUGAACACUCCUCUUGGGCUCCAUGCCUACACAUUGGAUAUACUGCUACCAACUGAAUAGUCAUACCUUGGCAGUAGUCUGGUGGUCUGAACAAUUUGGUUUUUUCUAGGUCUAGUUAACUGAGUUAUAUUAAUUAUAACAUAUAAUCCUGGAAAUAUGAGAGGGGCCCCUUUCUGUCCAGAGAUGUGUUUGGCAAAUAACAAAAGAAUAAGAUGGCCAGAGGCAUGUGGAUGGGUACUUCUCAGUCAGUGAGCCUUAGAGGACUCAGAAUUGAAACUUGAAGACCUUGAGGUCUCAAGGGCAUAAAAUGGAGAAUUGGUCCUAGAAAAAUGGCUAGAGAGUUGGUUUUGGAGCUAGGAAAAAUUGGGUUCAAGUCCCACCUCUGGCAUGCUGGAGGAGUGACUUUGGGCAAAUCAUUUAAUAUCUCAGUCCCCCCUCUCCCAACCUCCUCUCUGGCAGCUCUCUAAGAUUAGAAAUUCCAAAACAUUUUCCAACCUACUUUGGGAGAGGGAAUUCCUUAUACCAGUGAAAGAGGGAAGGGAACAAACAUUCAUUAAGCACCUACUAUGUGUCCAUGACUCUGCUAAGUAAUCGAUAUCAAUGAAAUUAUAGGCUCAGUUGAAAAACCUUAUUCAAAACCACUAAAACAAGCAAUUUAUCAAGACAGGCAAGGCAUCUGCAGUCAUGGGCAUGACCCAUCUUUGCCUGCUCUGCUUGAAUGUUAGGAGGAGAGGAAUCUGUUCUCCCCGGUCACCCUGAAUAUGUAUCUUAAAGCUAAGCUUCUGAAGACCUUGUGUCUGCUCAGAAAUCUAGGUGAAGGUAUAGAAGGCAGAGUCAAAUCAUCUCUCUGGCCAUCAGUUUCUUUCUCUGUAAUAUGAAAGGAAUUGGACUAGAUGACCUCUAAGGUCUCUUCCAGCUCAUAAUCUAUUA